UCAUAUUUUUCGUCAACUUUACUGUUUAUUCCAUGUUUUUUGAAUCUGAAUUCCAUCAAAAUUGUCGAGUCCCUGAAAACGAGGAAAAACAAUAACAAACCUGACGAUAAUAAUUAAUAAAUAAUGUGUUUGCAGCAAUUUGGUAAAUAUUUGGAAAAUUACAAAAGAAUUUACUUUUGUAAAGACUGAUACGAAAAUAUAUGAGGGAUUUUGAGCCGCAUUAUGUGGGUUCAAAAAUCGUUUGCUUUCCGUGUUCACCAAAGCCUGGAACAAAUUGUUUGUUACUCGAUCCGACCACCAGGGAUCGCACUUUUGAGACUGAACCUGCUGAAGCGAGAAGAGCGAGAACGAUUGAAAAGUUUGAAAAUUCAGUUAAUUCCUGAAGAAAUACGCAGUUACGAAUCAAUGAGAGAUAAAUAAUAAAUUUAUUAAUGUAAAACACGAGACUGAUGAAUGCGAUGGAAACAAAGCGAGCUUCUCGCGAGUGAAAGGAUCGAGGAUGAUUUUCCUUGUAUAGUUUUGCUUCCCACGCAUUUGUUAAGCGAGAAAACCUGAUUUUGUAGAAAGAUCUAUUGGGACAGAAGUUUAGUAUUUGCGCGAAGAGCGUGCUCGAAGGAUCACAGUGAGUUGGAGAGAGAGAAAACGAAGGAGAGAUAGAGCAAAAGCGUGCUUUGUUCACCCGUUAGAAUAACACAAUAACAAAACGAGCGUAGAAAUACAUUUUGCUUUGUUGAAAGUAAAUAUAUAAUCGUAAUUGGGAGCCACGAGAGCCAUCGCCUUAAUUGUUCAUUGUCGUUAAGAUAAAUUGGGUUAAUUAAAUAGCGAGGCGCUCUCGCAUUACUCCUACUCGGUAAAUAAAGAGAUAAGGAAAUAAGGCAAGGGAAUAGCGAGAAGAGUUGACGUGUGUGCUGCUUGUCCCCCCGAUAUGUACGCCGCUUCGCUCAGUUGCCUGGGAAAAACAAGGUGGCGUCGCAUAUAGUUUAGAGAGAACCGGCUCGCGAGCGUAAAGGGCGACACGCACGAGUUCGCAAGAAUGAUCGAGAAGAGAUGAUGCCGGGUAGUUCUCGACAUUCGGCAGCUUCCAACGGUGGAUCCGAAUGGGACACCUUGAUGGAAGUUGACCACGAGCCGAUUGAGAAAAAUUAUGAUUUACAAGAAGAGAUUGGCAAGGGCCAAUUUGCAGUUGUAAAAAAAUGUGUCGAUCUCAAAACUGGACGAGUUUAUGCUGCCAAAAUAAUGAGGAAGAGGAGAGUCGCCCGAGGUGUGGCCGCUGCGGAUAUUGCAAGAGAAGCUGGACUUCUGGCGCGUCUCAGGCAUCCGAACAUUGUGUCUUUGCACAAAGUUAUAGACACUGGUAAAACUGUCGUUCUGUUGCUAGAAUUGAUUACUGGUGGAGAAUUGUUUCACUGGACACCUUCCAAUGAAGCUGAAGCUGCACAUGUGGUUCGGCAAGUAUUGAUGGCACUAAGUCACUUGCAUUCUCAUCAAGUCGCUCACUUGGAUAUUAAGCCUGAAAAUAUAUUGCUGUCGACACCACCGCCGAUGCCGAGUAUUAAAUUAAUAGAUUUAGGACUCUCGCAUCGUUUGGUCCCCGGCUCGGAGCAUAGGGCAUUAUUCGGUACCCCCGAAUUCGUAGCGCCCGAAAUCGUAAAUUACGAACCAUUGAGUUUGGGAACGGAUCUCUGGGCGGUUGGUGUAUUAACGUAUAUAUUGUUGAGCGGUGCAUCGCCCUUCCUCGGCGAAGAUAAACAAGAGACUUACGCGAACGUCGCAGCCUGCCAAUACCAAUUCGACGACGAGUAUUUUGGCGCCGUUACGGAAAUAGCCAAGGACUUCAUACGAUCUUUGUUGAUCAAAGACCCCAAGGAACGCGGUAGUGCCGAGUCGUGCCUUGAACAUCCCUGGAUUCUCACGGAGUUGGAAACGUCGCAGGAUCUCAGCGGAGUUAUGAUUAGCGCCGUUAAACGUGGCUGCGUCCAAGCAGUCUCGCAAUUGUUGAGACAGGGAGCUCCGCUCGACGUCAGAGACGGGAACGAGGACACGCUUUUGCACAUCGCUUGCAUGGCAGGCGACGAAGGAAUGACCGGUUUUCUCAUAGAAAGCGGUAUCGAAUUGGAUGCUGCGAACGUCAAGGGUCUCACACCGUUGCACGUCGCUGCGAGACAUGGCCACAUUAAUCUCGUACGAUUACUGUGCCUCGCUGGGUGUGACGUCGACAAAACGAAUCGUGGAAUUCGCGCCGAUGUGACUGCCAUCAAAUACGGACAUUUGGAAAUCGCUAGUCUAUUGGAUAAACUCAGAAACAUCAAUCAACGCGAUAAUUACGUUCGGCAACUUCAACCUACUCACAAACCUAUCGAUCGCCUUCACGUCAGACUUUUAGGACAUUGCGCUUCCGGCAAAAGCUCCCUCGUCAAUUCUCUCAAAUCCGGCAUUUUCAGCUUUGGCUUCUUUCGCAGAUCGAGAAGCCAGAAUUAUAAUGCGAAGGUUUUCCUGCAGAGAGAACCGAGUAUAGAACUCGAUGUGACGAGCAAACACGGUUCUCUCAGCUUCGAGUACAGUGAUAACGAGUACGAGGGAACGUUAGGGGUCGAGUUGACCAAAGGAAACGUCGGAGGUGAUUGCAUCUUCUGGGAACUAUGCGGACGCGAAGAUUUUCUUGCCUCCUAUCAUCACGUCCUGACUUUCAAUUUGCCUGCAGUCCAUCUCAUAACUAUAAGCCUUCGUGAGCCUCUCACCGUCCAACUCCAACAAGCACGAUUUUGGUUACGAUUUAUUCUUGAUCGAAUUCCACCUACAAAUAUCGGAUUCGCAGGCAAAUGUGCCGAGAUAAAAGUGAUUUUGGUUGGAACUUACGCUCCGGAGCCAUUGGCUCCAAACACAAAUGGAACGAAUUUGCUCGCUCCUCUCUUUCCAUUUUUACGUGAAUUCAGUUCGAUCCUCGGCGAAGAACCGCAAACGGUAGCCCUCGAUGCAACGAAUCCUUCGAGUCCUGGACUCAAGUUGUUGCGUUCCUAUUUGACGAAUGCGAGGAUGGAAUUUUUAGAGGGCGCACUCGUCUGGACCGGACUCGCUGAGGCUUGGAGGACUCACGUUCAGUCUCUUGAGGAUCCACCAGUUCUACUUUCCCUCGUGGAAUUCAUGGUCGAAGUUAGGAAAGUGAACCCUCUCGUGUCCUUGGAACAUUGCCGGCAUCUCGUACAACAGCUCCAGGCUUUGGGUGAAAGUGUUCUUCUGCCUGACGAUCUCGUCGUUCUGAAUCCCGAGUGGCUCUGGCGCGACGUCAUAGGGUGGCAACUCAGUCCUGAACAACGAGGACGUCUGGGUUGUCGUACGACUGGCGUUUACACGAUGGAAGAUUUUCAAGCGAGAAGUCCAUGUCCGGCGAAUCAAGCUUUGCAAGUUUUGCAGGCUACGAACUUUUGUAUUUCGUGCGAAGUCGACGAGGAUGAGGUUGAGUACGAAAUUCCGUGUUUGAAUCUCGUCGAAAGAUUACGAGGACUUUGGGACCCAUGGAGGCCUUGUCCAGCUGUUCUGCCUCACGCAGGGCUGCGUCUCCUCCCCGGGGAGGAUCCGAUGUACCAUCUCACUCCAAUAUUUCCUCACCUCCAGACACAAUUACGAAAAAUAACACAAACGUGGGACCCUCGCGAGUCGGAUUUGUAUCAAUGGUGGCGAGGUUCGAAAUUAUGCAUUGGGCCAUGCGAAAGUAUAAUAACGUUCGAGGACGAGGACCAAGGUUACGUGGAGAUAAAAGUUCGGGGACCUCGAGGUUCGGGUGCGCAGUGUUUUGCACUUCUCGGUGUUAUUUUGGACGCGGUUGAUACGACGGUCGAGAUCAUUGCGCCGGCGUUGCUGCUCGAGAGACAUUGGCUGAGCCCGAGUCAACUGCGCGACUAUGAUGAGGUCGUCCAUUCUUGGGAACCGGCGCCAAUACUGUCCGCAUUAAUGGAGAAAAAUUUUGAAGAAGCCCACUUCAAAAAUCCGUUCAAUGGACGACAAGAAAGUGUCUGGGAUAUCGUUGGCUGUGGAAUGGCUCCCAUGGACAAUUGCAUUCCAGGACCCAGGCAACCGGUCAAGUAUAUUAAACCUGGUGUUCAGAGAAGGUUGGCUCAAAUGCUCGACCCGCCUGAUCCUCAUGGCAAAGACUGGUGCCUACUCGCCGUCAGAUUGGGCUUGGGUGAUCGGGUCGCCCAGUUCGACAGCACGAUCGAUAGUCCGACCCUGCGACUCUUAGGAUGUGCAGAAACCGGAUGUACGGUUGGUUCGCUCGUUCGUCAGUUGCGAGCUCUUGGACGUGACGACGCCGUCCAUUUAUUGCUAUCGAAUACAGCAGCCUACGUUUUGUCAAUGGCAAUUGACUCGGAAACAGGCUCGAACCUUUCUAGAUGACGAUGUUGCCUGCAACGCCGUUGGAUCAACACUUUCUAGGCUUGAACAGCUUUUUUUGUUUGUUUUUCAUACAUUUCAAGCAUUCUAAAAGAAUUUCGACAAAUAUUUACAUAGUGAUUGUGGCUUCGUACGAGAAUUCGAUCCAUUUUCUGUCGAUUUUUGAAGAAAUAUAUUAGACACUCAUUAAGUGAUGGAUCAAGUACCACGAUUCAGUGAUUCUUCGAUCGCAGGCUCCUUUUUAUAACGUUUAAAAACUCAUUUUUUCCCUAAAUAAUAUCAAAUUCAAUGAAAUUGGCCACGAAGUUCACCGACAGGGCGAGAGAGAAACCGAUCUUGUCAGUAAACGAAUGCUGUGGUAAUUCUUGUAUCAUCUUUUCUAUCAUAACCGAAACACAUUGAUUCUAAAAUAACGUAACAAACAUACACACACAUAUAAAUGUACUAAUCGAUUGAUCGAUUGGAUUCGGUGAAUAUUUCAAAACGUUCGGACAUUUUUCAACCAUGACAAUACUUUGAAUGAGACUUCUUGCAUUGAAAAACUGAUGAAUAACUAAAAGACGCCGCACCGUCGUAGCCAAAUGAAAUCUCGCGGUUGAAUUGUAUUUUUAAUGCUGUAAUGUGUGAAAAUAUUUGCUAUUAGCAACGACAAAAAUUCUGGCUGUUGAAUCUCUUUUUAUGAAUUUCUCAGCUAUGAAAGUUGAAUGGCAUUGCAGUUAUUUUUUAGUUUUGAGACAGUAAUAAAUCACACAAAGUUUGAUAACAGUUGGUAAAAGUCCCACGGAUUUAAAAGUUUCGCAGAACUCUUCGAUUGACCGCGCCACUGAUUCGUCCUCUGUGAUGUAACGAUUGCCAUUCGAAAAAAGGAAACAAACAAGCAAACAAACAAACAAAAAAGUAAGAACAACCAGAAAAGGAGCAUGUUUUUCGAAACGACGAAACAGGGUCAUGUAACCAUUAAUUGUAAAUAUUAUUCUCUUAUUUACGAUCUUGUUUAUUUCAUUUACAAAUGUAAUAUCAAUAAAUAUCGACCAAUUUUAAAUCGUUAAUGAAAUUUCGCGUUAUCGAACCAAUCUGGAAUUGCGUUUUGAAUGAAAUACGUUGCAAUGUGAAAAUACUGAAAAAUAGACUGUUCAAAAAAAGAUGAGAGAGGAUUAAAAAACACGAAAACGAAUACAAAGAAAAAAAAACGAAAUGGGGACCGUCAAAGUCGCUUCCGCUCAUUUUAUAACUUGUCACUGCCUACUUUCGUAGGUGUGGCGCUUUUGCGCGUAUUUGAAAUUAUGUCUACGUUGUUUUUUCGUUUUUCAUCUAAUCGAAAAAUAAUUAUUUGCCAAUAUUGACGUAGUAUCUACGAAGUUUUGUACUUUUGAGGCGUUUCUUACGCACUUGUGUACCGUUGCACUGGCUUUUCACGCGAUCUUACACGUCUUUUUUAUUCAAUAUAUAAAUAUAUAUAUACACACACGGCAUUUAAGGCUGUUUCAUCGGACUGGAGGAGACGAGAAUUUUUGGUGAUUGUUCCAUGUUUAAUUUAAACGAAAGUAAAUCAAGAUUUUUUAAAUUUUAUCGAAUUUGACUUUGAAUCCAAUUAUCUUCUGAAAAAUGAACUAUCGAAAAUUGCUUAUGUCGAUACGUUCGUUUCCUUUCCAUUUUUAAUCAAUUUUUCAUGAAAAAAUACGAAAUAAAUUGGUAGCUAACAUCAUGUUCACGUUGUUUCGUGUGUUCACAGUGGAAAAACGUUUUUUUCCCAUCGCUCGAGUAGGUCUAUUGGACGAAAUAACAUGAAUCAUAUAAAUAUAUUGUAAAAGCCACAAGCGGAAUGUGUAACGGGAGUAAUUAUCGUAUGUGGACAUGAGAAAAUCGUUGCCUUUGAGCUUUCACUGCGCUAUUGUUGCGGUGCAUGUUUUUCGUACUUUGAUCACUGUUGUUAUCGCAUUCACUACGUGCCAUUAUCAAAAUGACCUUCGCCACGCUUGUACUAUAUAUCGAACUGGCAGGCAGUAGGAAAAUUCAACCGAGAAAACGUCGUUUCCCAAUAAAAGUAUCGCUUGUGUAUCUUCGAAGAAAUUGGCUUUGGUUUGCCUCGAGAACUCGAUUGGAUCAAUAUUUUUUAAGAUUUCUCAAAAAAGUUUUCAAAUACCGAUAUAGAAAAGCCGCUGAUUUGGGACUUGUUUUUGUGAAAAAAAAAUUCUGAGGCAUCGAGCCAACAAUUCACCAAAUGUUCGUGAACUGUAUUGGAAAAAGGACUCGAACAGGAGAAAAAAAAUUGAAAGUUUCUCAAAAUAUGAACAAAUUUUUAUUUCGACUUUUUCAAUAAUUUUUAAUACCAAUUCCUCGAUCAUUUAGUAAUGAUUUCACUGUUGAGUUUUGAGCUUUUCAUACAGAAAUAUUAAUGGGAUAAAACCAUUGAUGUUUGUGGAGUUUUUCAAGAUUUGUAAACUUUCGAUUUUUAUUGGUUCAAAGUUUUCUGGGCUCCUCCGUCGGUGUUGCUUUUUCUUUGACGUUUUCUCACGUUUGUAUUAUUGAGAAAUUGAAAUUAUGUAUAUAAAGACUGCUCACAAAAUGACAUGCGAUUCCGAGGCCAAUUUUCGAGCGACAAAUUUUCCUGCGCCGCAUCGAUCCAGGCACGUCUUAACAAAUAUAAAUAAUCGAUACUUGGGGGCCCGAAUAUCUAGCUGCGCACGUCGAGUACGAUUCUUAUGCAUUUUGUGGUACAUUUUGCCGAGACUUAUCAGUCUAAAUAUUGGAAAAUGAAUGAAGGAACCAUUCUUGUUUGCGGUUGAACGAUUGUCCAAAAAUCUCAGGUCACACGAUGACAUCUUGGCGAAUUUCUUGAAUUUUCUUUCGCCACAGUGCUAAGUAUUCGAUGCUUUUUUCUUGAAUAAAAACCGCAAAGGCUCUGAGAAUUUAUCUCCAAAAAAGUCUUUUUCAGGACCCAUGAAACCUGAAAAAAUUCAACCGAGACAAGAAUGCUCAAUAUUUAGCUCCGAUGGAAAAGAAAGUCUAUACAAAUCGUCGGUGUACUUUAGGUAAACAUUUUUUAUAGGGGAUCGCGAUUCGGUGAGGAUGAAUCGUCGAAAAUCCAUGAUCUCUUUGUACUCUCUUUUGAGGCUUUCUCGAUAUUCUUAUCGAGGGCUACACUUGGAUGUUUUUAGCCUGCGAACACUGCUUUUUUAAUAAAACAAUGAAGAAUAACGAAAUGAGAAUUGAGAAAAAAGGAAGAAUUUUUUAUUGGUGUUUAGGCGAAUCGUAUUAUCCAAUUGCGGAUACGAGAAUCAUCUCUCAAAGUGUCUAACGAAUAAUUGCUUUUGUAGUUACAUCGUGCAAUUCUCGAAAACAACAUUUUAUUAACAUAUUGUCUUAUAUAAGAAAUUUAUGCGAAUCUGAUGCAACGUCAGUAGUGAUCUUACUAAAUAUCCAACAUGACAUUUAUAAUAUUGUAAAAUCAUCGUAAAUAAAGUGAGCCUGAGCAUUAAAA